AGGCAUGUUAGAGCUGAGACCUCUGUUAGCUUCUGCAAGCCUUGGAGUCACAUAAGAAGCAACACUGUGCUCUGACAACUGCAAACACAAUUAACUGAGAAAAAAACACAAACAGAACAUCCUCAACAGAAAGGUUAAGAAAAAGAUGCUAACUAUGGAGCAAAAGGACAUACCAAUACCUCGAUGGAGCCUGGGCUCCAGCUCUGGUCUACAUUAUGGCUCUUUUGUGAACAGUCUUUCAUCCCUCACACCAAAGACAGAGGAAACGGAGGAACCAGCCAUAUCCCAGAGGCGCUCCUACGUAGCUAUAGCUGUGCUUUGCUACAUCAACUUGCUCAACUACACCGAGCGGUACACAAUAGCAGGUGUCCUUGUCAACAUUCAACAGUUUUUUGAUAUAAAUGACGGAACAGCUGCACUCAUACAAACAGUUUUCAUCUGCAGUUUCUUGCUUCUGGCCCCUCUCUUUGGUUACCUUGGGGACCGCUACAACAGGAAACACAUCAUGAUUGGUAGUUUGAUUGUGUGGCUUGUGGCUGCAGCUGGCAGCUCUUUUGUUACUGAGUCGUACUUCUGGCUUCUGACGCUGUUGCGUGGGAUGGUGGGGAUAGGAGAGGUCGGUUACUCCACCAUUGCGCCCACUAUCAUUGGUGAUCUCUUUGUUGGACCUAAACGGAGCAUGAUAAUCUGUAUCUUCUACGUCUUUAUCCCUGUUGGAAGUGGUCUUGGAUACAUAACAGGGGCAGGUGUUACUGCUCUCACAGGAGACUGGCGCUGGGCUCUCAGGAUCACUCCUAUCUUGGGUGUAGUUGGACUUUUCUUGCUGGUCUUCUUAUGCCCUAAUCCACCCAGAGGUGCUGCAGAAACCCAAGGCGAGGGUGUUUCAGUGAAGAGUUCGUACCUGGAGGACAUCAAGUAUCUUUUGAAAAACAAAACUUAUGUGUGGUCAACAUUGGGACUGACUGCUACUGCCUUCCUCUCUGGAGCCCUGGCUUUCUGGAUGCCUACUUUUCUGUCUAGAGCUCGGGUCAAUCAAGGACUCCGACCGCCGUGUGUCAAAGAGCCCUGCGACUCCACAGAUAGUUAUAUCUUUGGUGCUUUGACGGUGUUGACGGGCAUUCUCGGAGCGUGUCUUGGCAGUGGAUUAUCUAGAUGGUUAAGGGAUAAGUUCCCAAAGGCAGACUCACUCAUCUGUGCAGCAGGGUUGCUGGGAGCAGCCCCCAGCCUCUUCCUCACCAUCUUUCUGGCACCAAUAAGCAUUCCCGCCACCUACGUAUUUAUUUUCUUCGGUGGAAUAUUGAUAUCAAUGAACUGGGCCAUCAUGGCAGAUAUGCUGCUGUAUAUUGUCAUACCAACCAGAAGGGCUACAGCUGAGGCUCUCCAGAUUUCUGUCGCUCAUCUCCUGGGUGAUGCUGGGAGUCCUUACCUAGUAGGAGUGGUCUCUGAGGCUAUAAGCAAAUCUAAACCUGUUUCUGCUGAAUCGAGCUUCGGCAGUCUGCAGUACAGCCUCCUACUCUGCCCAGUUGCUGGGAUCAUUAGUGGACUGCUUUACUCUUUGUCUUCUCUCUAUAUUAUUGAAGACCGUAAAGCAGCUGCACAAUUGGUUGAAGGAGUCCCAAGACAACAGAAGGAUCCUUUCUCUGAGCCCCCUAUAGAACUGAACAACGGGGACAAAAGCAACCAUGAAAAUAAUUUAUCUCAAAAUAUUGAAGGUUGAGUAAAAAAAUACUGGUGUGGCCAACAGGAUAUUGGUGUUGAUUUGAAGAGCUCUCUUUUUUGUGACUUCACAGCCACUCAGAGAUGACAGAAGAAGAUUAAAACAUGUGAAUUGACACCAUAAGACAUUCAUAUAAAUGUUGUUUUUCAUUUUUCAAUAAAUUUGUAAUACUUUCA